AUGAGGGAGAAGGGAGUAGAUAAAGCCGGAGCCGGGACCAUGAGCUCUGCACUGUCGUACGACUCGCUGUCAGCCCGGCCGAGUCCCACCAGGCGAGCUUUGGAGUGGGAGCGUGAACAGCUAGCUAUACGACGACUUUCCUCUCCGCUGGGCGUUAACCUGCUAACUCCACCUCCUCUUCCUCGUCGACCUUCUGCCAUCCCUGGCUACCUGCUCCCUACUCAUCAGGAGCAAAAAGAGGAGCUCCACCACCAGCAGCAGCGUCUUUCCUUGUCUGUGGGCUCGGAGGCCUCCCUGGCGCGCCCCGCUCCUCCACCGGUGGGUGCCGCCCCACCCUGCUGUCGCCCAGUGGGAGUCAUGCACCUGCUGCGUCUGGGUCUCCUUGCCUUCAGCUGCCUCUUCUGGGCAGCCGGUUUGGCUAUCUUUACCCUGGGUGUCUGGGCUCAGAUCUCCUUGGCGGACUACAUGACAUUGUCGGCCAAUCGAUAUCCCAACGCGCCGCUCAUCCUCCUGGCUACGGGUGCUGCCGUCACAGCUUGGGGGUUCCUGGGCUGCCUCGGGGUGGCUGCGAACCUGCCCUGCCUGCUGAGGGCCUAUGGCUUCUUUCAACUUGCCACUCUUGUAGCCGGGUUGGCAGCUGGACUCUCGGGCCUCUUCUACCGUGAAGACAUUGCCGGAGGGUUUCGCAGCGGCUUACUGCGAGCCGUGGCGGGCUACACGGAGGACGAAGGCCGUGCCGACGCUCUAGACAGCUUGCAGAGGGCACUGGAGUGUUGCGGCGCCGAGGGAUGGCGCGACUGGCUCUCGUCUGAUUGGGCCAUCCAGCACAUGACGUUCAUUCCUGCUGAAAACGGCACCGCCGUGUCCCUUCCAGACAGCUGCUGCGUGAGGCGAAAGGGUUGCAGGAAUCGGCCUCUGCUCUCGGAUGACAGCGAAGGCGUAGCGGCUGCGGGUAUCCACCCCCACGGCUGCUUCCGCAAGGUCUUCAGCUUGGUCAACGACAACGUCUUCCACAUUGCUGCCACCGUGUUGGGGUUGGCCUUCACACAGAUUGGAGGCAUCGCCCUCGCUUGUCUUCUAGCCAACAAACUGGCGCCCAGGCAGCAUGGACGUGUAGUAGCUCAUUGAUAGGCAAUGACAGAGUCUUCUUUGAUUGACGAAAGGAAUACAAGUGAAAGUGAGGUUGGGGAUGUUUGCGUCUGGAAGUAAAAGUAAUUUCAUAUUCACUUACAGUAAAGAGGGAGCCUUUUGGAAAUUGUCACUAGUCUUCAGGACAAAACAGCAAAAAUCUCUAACUGUU